UGAUUUUUUAAUUUAUUCUAUUCAAAUAGCGGGAAUUAACCAACAUUUUUUUUUCAAUUUAAAGUAUUAUUUUGGUAAUUCCCCAGUUUGAUAUUACAACAUGUUGAAUUAUAAAAAAAAAUUACUUUAAGAAAUUCCCUCAGUACGUCAUUUCAAAUUUACUAUAAGUUGAGAUUACAUUUAAACUUUCAUUAGAGAAAGAGAGAAAAUAUUUUGGAUUUAAAGGGCAAAUUACUUAUUGUCGAAGUAUACUUUUAAUGAAAUGAACUUUCAGUUGUUAUUAUUACCCUAUUUCAUUUUAUACAUAAGUAGAACAUUUUCAAAAUCGAUAACAGGCGAAUAUUUAACGUGUGGUAAAGAAAAAGAUGGCUCAGAUAUAUUUAAAACUGUUGAUGGACCUGUCUCGUGCGCUGUUUGUUUAUGUAAUGGUGAUUUAAAACAAGGUGUUUCAUAUAAAAACUGUGAAAUAUGUUGUUGUGGAUAUGUUAGCAACACAAAAAUAAAUGAAUACGAAGACUUUGAACAAAAAAGCAUAAAUGAUAAACAAGAAUUGUUUGAAAUAAAAAUCGGCUUUUACAGUUUAAUAGUUUUAAGCUGUUUUUUGUCAAUUUCAUUGGUGUCAAUCUGUUUAUACCACAAAAAACGUUUUUGUAGUUCCCAGCCCCCUCUUCAAUCAACUGAAAAAGAUGAGUUUCAGAACGGUAUUGUGAAAGUAACCACCAAUCAUGAAAAAAUUCAAAAUAAAGAUAAAGAAAAUCUGCUACCAAAUUAAAAAUUUUUUUCAUUAGUUUUGUAAAUAGAUGUAAAUAUAGUUUUAGAUUUCAAUAUAAAAAAAUUAAAUAUAUUUAUAAAAUUAAAAA